AUGCAAGCAAACAAGCAUUUUGGAUUUGGAAAAAACGCCCUGGCUGCCACGUUCAUUCAUCCGCUCCAUUUCGGCCGUCCCUCAACACAUACCAAAACCACGCUUAAACCACAACAAACCCUCGCAUUUAUCAUCGCAAUCUGCCUCCUGCUAUCCGGGGACAUCCACCAAGGUCCAGGCCCGCUGAACUGCCCAACAGAUGAGAACCAUGUCAACACCACCGCUAACAACAGGAGCACCAUCGACAACUUACAGGUACUCUCACCUUGUUCAUUUUACGCAGCAUUACAACAAUCUCACCUCCGUCCUUGUGUCCCUCCUGUGAGCGACGUGGUGUCACCGGAGUCCAGGACAGACGAGGUGGACAACAGGUUGGAGCAAUUGGAGCCCGGGAGUGGCGCCUCUACCUGGGACAGACCGCGUGGGCCAGCCCCGCUGCAACGACAUCCCGGGACAUCUCACCACAUCCGCGUAGUGGAAAGCGGGCCCCGCCGCCAUCGACCCCAACCCGCAAGCAGACCGUCCAUUUUCGACAGUCCCGGAGACUCCAUCUGCCCGUCUCUGUUUCCACCUGGACCUCACCCUCACCUGUUGCAUCCCCGCGGCGCUCACCAAACACGUCAUUGGCAACUACGUCAUCAGAACAUGACCAACACAAGGACCGUUAAAGGCCUGCGUCAGAACGGGCAACACUGGAGACAUGGAAAACGCGGAGUGGACUUCCGCUUUCUCCGCACUCUUCCCAAAUGGACUUCACAGACAGAAGUGGAGACGAUCAUGAAGUGUAUGAGAACCUCCACAUGCUCAUUGGACCCUCUCCCCACAUCAUUAUUAAAAUCCAAUAUUACAGCCAUCAGUCCACUGAUCACAGAAAUCCUCAAUCAGUCGCUCAAAUCCGGUCAGGUUCCUCCAGCUCUCAAAACUGCAGUCAUCCGCCCCCAUCUGAAAAAGCUGUCACUCGACCCUGACAUCCUGGCCCACUACAGACCCAUUUCAAACCUGCCGUUUUUGUCUAAAAUCCUGGAAAAAGUUGUUGUAGCCCAACUCCACAAUCACCUUCAUAUCCAUAAAUUUCAGUCCGGUUUUCGAGCAGCACACAGCACUGAGACAGCCCUGGUACGCGUCAUGAAUGACCUACAUAUGACUGCUGACCAAGGCUCACCAUCUCUCCUCCUCCUACUGGACUUGUCGGCCGCUUUUGACACCGUGGAUCACAACAUCUUGCUCCACCGUCUCCAGUCUGUGGUAGGACUUUCUGGGACUACACUAAGUUGGUUCCAGUCUUACCUCACAGGCAGGACGGAGCAUGUGGCUCUAGGACAGUCCCAAUCAUCACCCCACACAGUCAGCUGUGGAGUGCCACAAGGAUCCGUCCUCGCUCCAACCCUUUUCAAUCUACCCCUCGGCCACAUCAUCCAUAAACACAAAGUUUCAUUCCACUGUUACGCAGACGAUACUCAACUAUACAUAAAAAUGGACUCCACACCCCCCUCAGCUUUGCCGUCUGCAUUUCAGGUUUGCCUGGAGGAGAUAAGGGCAUGGAUGUCUGACAACUUCCUUCAAUUAAAUAGCAGCAAAACCGAAGCCAUCCUGAUCGGUACCCCACACCAAACCCAGUCCUCCUCCCUCAGCAGUAUAUCCAUUUUUGGUCAUCACAUCGCCCUGUCUACCUCUGUUACAAACCUUGGAGUCAGACUAGACUCAAAUCUUACAUUUGACACCCACAUCCGCCACCUUUGUAAGGUCUCCUUCCUUCACCUCAAAAACAUUGCCAAACUCCGUCCCUCCCUCUCCCAACCAGAUGCUGAGAAGUUGAUCCAUGCCUUUGUCUCCUCCAGGUUGGACUACUGUAAUGCCCUCCUUGUCGGGAUCCCUGGCAGGAGCCUGCAAAAGCUCCAGCAUAUUCAAAAUUGCGCUGACCGGGUCCUGACGAGGAGGCGCAAAUAUGAUCACAUCACCCCGGUCCUGAAAUCCCUCCACUGGCUGCCCAUUAAACAAAGAAUUCAAUACAAAAUCUGUCUACUUACCCACCAGUGCAUUCAUGGAACUGCCCCUACCUACCUCAGUGAACUCCUCACC